UCUUUCCGUGCAGACAGCGCUCCCGCAAACAUGGUGAACGUUCCUAAAACCCGUCGGACUUUCUAUAACAAGUGUGGCAAACACCAGCCCCACAAAGUGACACAGUACAAGAAGGGCAAGGACCCUCUGUAUGCCCAGGGAAAGCGGCGUUAUGACAGGAAGCAAAGUGGCUAUGGUGGGCAGACUAAGCCGAUUUUCCGGAAAAAGGCUAAAACUACCAAGAAGAUUGUGCUGAGGCUUGAGUGUGUUGAGCCCAACUGCAGAUCUAAGAGAAUGCUGGCUAUUAAGAGAUGCAAGCAUUUUGAACUGGGAGGAGAUAAGAAGAGAAAGGGCCAAGUGAUCCAGUUCUAAUGUCAUUUUGUUAUAAAGAGAAUAAAAUCUUGAUUAUAUUCACUUAAAAAAAAAAAA